UUGGCAGCCUCGCGUAGCAGGCAGAACAACGGCGACUAUUAAUUGAUUAAAUAUAUUUCACUUAACUUAAGAAAUGCAUAACAAACUAAUGUGCAUUGUUGUUGAACUUAAUCAACAAUUUACAGUAUAUUAGUGAGAUAAGUGUACUAAAUCAACGCAAGAGUUAUAUUGUUUUAUUUUUUUGUUAUUUUGUUGCUCACACACACAGACACAAGUGCAAUGAAAAUGAAAACUACGAUUCAUUCUAAGCCACUAUUUGUGCGUGUGUCUCUUGUCUGCGUGUGUGUGUGAAAAGGCUGUUCGCGUGUGUAGGUGUAUUGGUUAGUCUGACGACAUUGACUGAGCCUGCAACUGGGCCGACGGCCGCCCGCCCGUCCGACCGCAUGCUGCCCGCUGCCUCGUACAAGCAGCUAGUAACCGUUACUCUGCUUCUUCUUCUAAUCGUGUGUCUUGCCACAACAGAAGCAAGUAGAGAAUAAUCAAGAAUAGUCAAGAAAAAAAACGAACAAUAAGAAAGAGGAAAAAUAAACAAUAAAAGGAAAACAAUCAAAGGUAUUAAAAAGAAAAACGAAAGUCUUGGAAAAAAAACAAAUGUGCCAUGUUAAUAUUGGAUGCAGCAGCGUUUGCUGGAUUCCAGUGCUGUGAACACGUCUACUAAGGACACACAUUCCCUCCCACGCGCGCGCUCUCCCCCGCCAUGUUCACGUUCAAUCGGCUGGGCAACGCUGGAACGGCCUCUGCUGCUGCCGCCGCUGCAGCGGCCGCUUCAGAAGCUCCGGCACAUACGUCCAGCGGCUCCAGCAGCCAUGCCAGUGUUGCCACACCCAUCAGUGAUCUCUAUUUGCGCCCACUGCCCUACCUGGACGCCAAAUGGCUACGCGCCGAUCUCAUUGCCUGCCUGCGCAACGGUGCCGAGGGCGCUGUGCUCUGGAAUCAUCUGAUUCAGGAUUGUGAACUGGUGUCCUCGCCGACGGCGCCGCUGCUGAAUGCACGCGGCCAGCUCUCCUACCUGGGCGACGAUGGCAAACACUACUGUGGCGCCCAGGCGCUGCAGUGCGCCUGCUGCCAGCCCGAGUACUGCGGCCCACUCUCCGCCUGCAACUGUGACGGCUGCCGACCCCUCGACUCGGACAUGGCCAUCAAGAAGCUAACCUCGGCGGCGGCCCAGCAGGCAACGGCCGGGCAACUGCACGCCACAGAGCUGACGCUGAGCAGCUGGAUGUGGAGCCAGCCGCCCAACCAGCUAGCCAAGCACGACUGCCAGCGCACCAUGAUCGCUGAGCUCCACGACCUCUCGCUGCGCGCCGCCGGCAACUGCCUCUCGGCGCAGCAACUGCGCCAGCAGCUGUUCAUCUACGAAAGAUAUUUUGUGGCCCUCAAGCGAAAUCUACUGCAGCAGCAGCAGCAGCAGCAGAAUCAGCACCAGCAGCAGCUGCAAUCGACACAUCCCUCUUCAGCCACACAACAGCAGUCGGAGGACUGCACUGCGCCCGCUCCACCCGAACAGGAGCAGCCGCGACGCCCGCCACAGAUGGAGCCGGAGCAUGCGGCGCUGGGCCUGGCGCGCGUCGGCACACGAGCCGCGCUCAAUUUCAGCUUCGCCUUUCUGCGUCGCGCCUGGCGCUCCGGCGAGGAUAUGGAAAUGUGCAGCGAGCUGCUGAGUGAGGCUCUGGAGUCGCUGCAGGAGCUGCCGGAGGCGACGCUCUUCGACUCGGCCGCCCAGGUGUCACCGCUCUGGCUGGAGGUGAUGGAGCGCUCGAUCAAGUUUCUGCGUCUCGUCGCCCUCGGCGAUCCCAUGGGCGGGCGCUGCCUGGCCCCGCUGGCGGAUAGGCACACGGCUCUGUGCCUGCUGCUGGAGCUGGGCGUGCAGAAGGGCACGCUGGCCGCCACGCUGGAGUGCGUGGUGCUGCUGCUGCUGCUCUGGGAGAAGGACAACGACAAUGGCCAUGCCCAUGGCCACGUGCACGGCCACGCCCACGCCCACGCCCACGGACAUGGCGGUGUGAAUGGCGAUAAUCGUGACAUGCCACGCAAGUCGGGCGCUCCGCUGCUGCGCAUCCUGCAACGGUAUCAGCGCCUGGGCGCCGAGCCAGUGCAUCAUAGUCACAGUGGCUGCCCCAACCCAAACGUGGAGCUGCCAACGCCGCUGGCCAGCGCCACCGAAACGUUUCUGCGCUUUCUCAUGCUGCCCAAGAGCUCGGCGGCCAUUGUGGAUCUGCGGCGUGCUGCUGUGGUCAUCAUCUCUCAUCUGGAUCGACUGGUGCAGCCGCAUAUGCCGCAGCGAACGAAUCUCAUGCCCACAGCGGCACCGGCCACGGCCACGCCCACAACGACGCCCACAAACAUGUGGGAGCAGCAACGCGUCUAUGCCCUGGGCUGGCCGGCGCUCUCCAAGGAGCAACCCGGCUUCAACGUGGAGCCCGCCCUGAGCUGGAGCAAUGCAUCCGCACAGCAGCCGCCGGCACCGCCACCGCCGCCGCUGCUCCCCUGCAAGUUCCAGCUGCAGCAGGUGGCCUGCAGCGAGGAUGUGGUGCUGCUGCUCAGCAAGGAGGGCAAGCUCUACAACUGGCACAUUGCCAAGCCGGAGGCGGAGCCCCAGCAGCUGGACUUUGCCGAAAUAGCCAACGAGACGUUCAUCUCCAUAGCCGCCCACUGCGAGGGCCGCCACUUCCUGGCCGUGGACAGCAACUUUAACGCCUAUUCGUGGGGAGUCGGAGACAGCCGGCGCUUGGGGCACGGCGAUUGCCAUGCCCGUGAGCUGCCCACCAAAAUCGAGAGCUUGGUGCGCCUGGUCAAGUCCGUCUACUGCGGCUGCUCCUACAGCGCGGCCAUCACGCUGGGCGGCAAUCUCUAUACGUGGGGCCGCGGCACCUACGGCCGUCUGGGACAUGGCACCUCGGAUGAUCAGUGUCUGCCGGCCAUGGUGAUGGCGCUCAAGGAUCACCAGGUGGUGGACGUGGCGCUGGGCAGCGGCGAUGCCCAUACGCUGUGCCUGACCAGCGAGGGACUGGUCUUUGCCUGGGGCGAUGGCGACUACGGGAAGCUGGGCAACGGCAGCUGCAACAGCAGCCUCCUGCCGCAGCUCAUCGACUGCCUGCCGCGGGUGCAGCGCGUCUUUGCGGGCGCCCAGUUCUCGCUGGCGCUCAGCUGCGAGGGCCAGCUCUACAGCUGGGGCAAGGCCUCCUGCCUGGGCCACCAGCUGGUCGAGCGCAACGUGCAGGGCUGCAGUGUGCCCAGAUUGAUAACCGGCCUGCAGCACAAGCGCAUUGUGGACGUGGCCGUGGGCGUGGCCCACUGCUUGGCGCUGAGCAGCAGCGGCGAGAUCUUUGGCUGGGGUCGCAACGAUAAUCAGCAGAUCUGUCCCGCCUCCGUUUGCAGCGAACCGCUGCUCCGGCAGCCCAUCCAGGUCACCCUGCCCACGCUGCCGGCCAGCGGCAUUGCCUGCACGGCCGCACAGAGCCUGAUCUGGACGCAGAGCACGCGGCAGGGUGUGCCGUUGCGUGCGCCGUUUGUCAUCGACCUGGGCGAACCCACAUUCCGACUGCUCGACCAGCUGCUGGGCAUGUGCAGUGCCAGCACGGCGCAGGAUAAUCGCCAGACACCCAACCAGGAGUCCGAAUGCAUUGCCGUCGCCUGCCUCAAUCUGGUGCGGCUCCAGCUGCUGGCGCUGAUCGCCAACGGCGUGGAGCCGCGCACCGUCGGCCUGGCCAGCGGCGGGCGACUGCUCAACAGCCUCAAGACCCGCAUCCUCAGUCUAGCCGGCGGCAGCCAGGUGCUGCGCACCAUCCAAGUGGCCGCCCAGCAGGCACUCCAGGAUGGCUGGAGCGUCCUCCUGCCGACGGCAGCGGAACGCGCACAGACGCUAACGGCACUGCUGCCCUCGGAGCCGGGGCAGGCCUGCUCGCCGGGACAUCGCUUCAUGACAGAUCUGCUGGUCAGCUCGCUGAUGGCCGAGGGCGGCCUGGAGACGGCGCUCCAGCACGCCAUACGGCUGGAGAGCAGCUCCUGCUCCACGGAUUGCAACGACGGCGCACAUCUGCCGCUGCUGCAGCUGAUCACGCGGCUGCUGGGCAACAAUGCAUCGCUCACACAGAGUCGCCUCUCCCUGACGCUGUUGGUCAAGCAGCAACAGCAACAGCAACAGCAGCAGCAGCAGCAGCACCAGCAACAACAGCCCGCAGAGGAGGACCACCUGCACCACCAUCACCACCACCACCAGUACCAGCACCACCUGUACCACCAGCAUCAGCAUCAACAUCACCAUCACCAGCAUCAGCAGCAGCAGCAACAGUUCCUGCUGCAGCAGCAGCAGCAGCCCGGCACGAGUCCCAGUCUCUGUUUGCUGCAUCGCUUCCAGCGGCUGCUGCUGGCGCACAUUCAUCAGGCGGGCCCCGAGGAGGACACAACGGGAGCCGAGGCGCUGCUCGCCCAAUACCUGCACAGCCUGAUUCCGGCCUGCGUCAGCACGCUGCAACAGGCCCAGGAGCUGGCUCUGCAGUGCCGGGAGUCGGGCGAGCUGGUGACGCUGGGCGCCCAGCUGUUGGGCGCCGCGCUGAAUCGUGUGCUCCAGUCGGACAUCUCGGACGCGCUGCUGCACGAGCUGCUGGUGGGCCUGGUGCUGCUGAAGCGGGAUCGCCCCCAGUGCCUGGCCAGCCUGCGCUGGGCCCGCCUCUUCCUGCCGCUGCUGCGCGUGCUCGAUCGCCUGAACCGCGCCCUGGGCGAGGGCGAACUGCGCGACAACGACGACAUGGGCUGGCCGGGCAUCAUUUGUCGCGGCGGCCCCAAAAGCGGAGCACCGCCCCCAGCUGCCGACCCAGAGACGCACUACGUCCGGCGCUGCGACAUGGAGAAUCUGCUGCUCGACGGCGGACGCUGCAUCAUUGUGGCCGGCUACGUUUGUGAUCUCAAUGGCUACAACUGUGAGUCGGAUAACAUGCGAGCCCUGCUGGAUCUGGGUCUGGGCAAGGAUCUCAGCGCGGAGCUGAGCACGCCGGCGUAUCGCAGCGCCAUGGAGCAGCUGCUGCAGCACCACAAGCUGGGCAAAUAUCUAGCCAACCAGAACGCCAACGAGGAGAAGACCGCCACGCCGGGUGCCACCCGCCUGACGCACUUCAGCUCGGAGUGUGCGCUGGCCCAGCUGCUGGGCCUGGUCGCCAAUCUCAUGUGCAGCGGUCCGGGCCUGCAGCCAGCGGAGCUGCAGUGCCGUCAGCUGGACAAGUCGUCGCUGCUCAGCGGUGGCCUGCUCAUGCUGCAGCCCAACAAUCCGUUUGACGAGGAGAAGGGCGAGGCGCGCAGCAGUCACAGCACGGCGGGCAACACGCCCACGGAGGCACCGCUGCCGCCGCCACCCAAGGCGCAGCUGCAGAAUCGCGUGGACAGCUUCAUUGCGGGACUGGCGGAGGCGCGACUCAGUGACCCGCUGGUGGCCAAUUGGCUGACACUGACCGAACGCUACUGCAAGGCGCACAAUUUGAUGUGGCACCAGGAGUUCGCCACCGAGCAUCCGGUGCAGGAGCUGGAGCGUCUACUGAGCGCCGUUCUGUUGCGGCAUCAGUGCCUGGGCGGCUUGGUGCUCAGCGCUCUGGAGGCGUUGCCCUUGGGCGAACAGCAGCAACAGCAACAGCAACAGCAGCAGCAGCAGCAGCAGCAGUCGCUGCCCAAGCAGCUGGGCGAGAUCAUACGAUUGGUGCACCAGGCCAAGUGGUCGGUGGUGCGGACGCGGCAGCAGCUCAAUCGCAGCUACAAGGAGGUCUGUGCGCCCGUGCUGGAGCGUCUGCGUUUCCUGCUCUACGAGGUGCGUCCCGCCAUCAGUCCGCAGCAGCGCGGACUGCGCCGGCUGCCAAUUUUGCAGCGUCUGCCGCGAUUCCGGCUGCUGGUGCGACGCCUCCUGCAGGAGCUGCGCACCGCCAAGCAACAGCCGGCGGCCAAGCCCGAGGAUCUGCUCAAUGCCAGCAUCCAGCAGCAGCAGCAGCAGCAACAAGCUGUUGCAACGGAGUUGCUCAUCUAUGAUCACGAACAGCAGCAGCAGCAGCAGCAGCAGGAGGAGGAGAAAAAUAAGCCCAAGCAGCAGAAGCAACUGGACGAGGAGGAGUCGCUGCUGCGCCGCCUCAACGAACGCCAGCUACAGACGGACAUCGAGCUGGAUGCGACGCUCAUGCAGGACAUCGUGGACUUUGCGCUCCAGGACAGCUGCGACGUGGAGACGGUGCGACGCGCCAUGUACUGCCAAAUGCAGCGCUUCCAGCUGCGUCUGGCCGGGCUGCAGCUGGUGCAGCAGCUUCUGGAGCUGCACGGCCUGCUGGACGCCGCCCAGUACAGCCUGCUCAAUGGCUACCUGGGACUGCAUCUGAAGUCGGCGGCCAGCGGAGCGUCGCCGCAGCAUGUGCUCGGCCAGCUGAACAUGGUGAGCGCGUACCAGAAGGCACGCCUCCUGCUCGCCCAGUCGCGGGUCCUCGACUGGGCUGUGCGCGAGCUGCGUCGCCUGGUCAACCAGGAGCAGCAGGGCGCCGCUCGCGGCAAGGAUAGCUGCAACCUGAGCACCUACGUGCUGCUCAAGCGCUUGCCACGUGCCCGCUUCCUGAUCAGCGUCUUCGGGCUGCUGGCCAAGGAGCUGGGCGCCAACGAGCUGGGACUGCUCAUCAACUCGGGCCUGCUGGGCACCGUCCUGGGCCUGCUGGCCCAGACGGGCGGCGAGGGCAACGUCAAGCCGAACAACUGCGAGCUGAGCGUCCUCUACGAGGACAGCGUGCUGAAGCAGAAGUGCAGCAAGGCGCAGCUGAGCGGACCGGAUCUGGCCAAGCUCAUGAAGAUCGGCACGCGCAUUGUGCGCGGCGCCGACUGGAAGUGGGGCGACCAGGAUGGCAAUCCGCCGGGCGAGGGGCGCAUCAUCAGCGAGGUGGGCGAGGACGGGUGGGUGCGUGUCGAGUGGUAUACGGGCGCCACCAACUCCUAUCGCAUGGGCAAGGAGGGCCAAUACGAUCUUCAGCUGGCGGACAGCGCUCUCAAUGUUGCCUCACCGACGGAGCCAGAGCGCGAGGAGCUGGGCACAUUGGAGCCACCGCCCAGCAGCGAAUCGCAUCCCACUAAGCUUCUGAGGCACUGCGCCUCCAAGCUGCUGCAAAUCCUGGCCGUGGGCAGUGGCCUGCACGGCGCCCAGCUGGACAAGUACGCGCUUCGUGGCAUCACGAGCAUGUUCCGUGCUAUAGUCGAUCCGAAGCCGGCGCUGGCCAAUGUGGUGCACUGCCUCAGCUGGCUGAACCUUGGCUUUAUACGUGCCAUAGCAGGUGAUUGUCCACGGCUGUGCCUGGAGCUGAGCUCCCCGAAUUGGCUGUCGCAUUACUUUGCGCUGCUGGAGCAGCCGGCGGGCACGGAGCGUGGAGUGUAUCGUCAGCUGCAUUGCCUGCGCCUGAUGCAGUGCAUCCUCAGCUCGUGGGGCGUGGAGCAGGAGCCGCGCAUGGCUGGCCUGGUGCGUCAGCUCUUCGCCACGCUCGGACGCAUCGCAUUGCAUUGUCCGGGCGAUGUGACACUGCAGCCGGUGCAGGAGGGCGGCAAGGCGCGAGUCCUGCUGACCGCCUCCCACUCGGGCAGCGUGGCCGAGGAGCUGGUGGCACUGCUGCGUCGCCUGCACACACUGCCGCAUUGGAAUGCGGUGAUCAACUCGUUCCUGGCACAGAAGCUCUGCGUCGCCGCCGAGCUGCUGCAGGGCGAAUCGCAGCUGCCGCAGACGCCGCUGGACACGGAGCAGAGCCUGGUGCUGGGCGUGCUGAGCGCCAUGGGUGGCUACGACUUGCGUCCGCGUGUCGGCCUCCAUUGCUUCCACGAGGGCAGCCACAUGAUCAUCGCCAGCUUCACCCACAAAGGCCGCUGCCUGCUGGCCUACAGCGCUCCGCCGGCGGUCGCCAAUCUGGCGCAGGGCUUGGUGAAGGUGCCGCUGGCAACGGUGCUGCCGCAGCUGGACCACAGCGUGUUCAGCCUGACGCGUCUGCCCAUGAACGAGAUGCUGCUCAACGCCUGGACCGUGCUGCUCUAUGGCGCCGCCAGCCCCAGCCCCAGCUCCAGCUCGAGCGCCGGCAACUGGGAGCUGCUCAAUGCGGGCGAGGGCAAGCUGGACGUGCGCUUGCUGCGCAGCCAGCAGCUGCAGCUGGCGGUGCUGCACACGAACGGUGUGCUCUACCGGCACCAGGCGGCGCUGCGCAAGAUACUCAAGCAGCGGGCGCCGGCCAGCGUCUACAGCAGCAACGAGUGCAGCGAGGAGCCGGAGGCGGAGGCGCUCAACGAGGCGGAACUGGAGCUGCAGUCGGAGCACACGGAGGCCAACAACAGCAGCAGCGGCAACCACAGCAACAACAACAACGACAAUGGCAACAACAACAGCCAUCAACCGUCGGAGCAGCUGCUCAUACAGGUCCUGCUGCUGCGCGCCACGCAGCCGUCCCCGGUGAAGGCGUGCUAUAGCUAUACGGAUCUGGCCACGGCGGCGCUCAACUGCGUCCAGACGCUGGCCAGCCAGGCGUAUCAGCAGCUGAACGCGGAGAACGCGCUGCAGCCGGUGCACUUGGCCAGCCCAGCGCAGCCGACCAUGGUCCAUGGCAUCGCCGUUUACAAUGUGGCCAAGGAGCAGUCGGCGCCUGCGCCAGCGGAUCAGCUCAGCCAGGCAGCGCCGCCGGCUAGCGAUGCACAGCUAAUUGAGCAGAUUAUGGAAAUGGGCUUCACGCGACGCAAUGUGGAGCUGGCGUUGAAGCAGCUGUCGCUGCAGGCGGAGGCUGUGCCGACGCCGGAGCAAAUCGUCCAAUGGAUACUGGAGCAUCCGGAUGUCUGUGCGAAUACCAUCGAUGUGGAGGCAGUGGAGCCGACAGCGGCGGCAGCAGCAGCAGCGGCCGCCAAUGGCAGCAGUCGCAGCAGCAGCAGCACCACCACCACCACUAGCACCACCAGCACCACCAGCAGCAACAGCAGCACCUGCUCAUCCUCCGACACGGUCGAGGAUCAGCCGGUGCAGAAGUUCGAUACGCGCAAAGAUUUUCCCACUGCCGAUCAUUAUGCGCUCUAUGUCCGGGGAUUGGUGCGUCCGGGCAUGCUGGUGCGUUGCUGUCGCGACUUCGAGGAGAUCAAGCAGGGCGACAUGGGCACCGUGCUCAUCGUGGACACGGAGGGGCUGCACGAUCUGAACGUGCAGGUGGAUUGGCGCAAUCAUGGCAGCACCUACUGGGUAUGCUUCGUGCACAUCGAACUGGUGGAGGCGGCACAGCCGGGAGCACAUUUACUCCCACUGCCACGCCCGCCGCCGCCCAUAGCUGUGGGCGCCCGGGUGAGGCAACUGAUGCGGCUGGGCGGCUCACGCAGCCAGCUGGAGUACGGCCUGGUGACGGCGAUGCGGGGCAAGCAGCUGACAGUCGAGUUUCCCGACCAGCCCAACUGGCAAGGUCACAUCAACGACGUGGAACCGAGUCCAACAGUCGCUGCGCCGGCGACGCCGGGGACAGCCGGAGGCGCAACAGCAGCUGCUGGACAAGCUCCGGCUGCGGCUGCGGCUGGGGCUGGGGCUGCGACAGCUGCGUCUCAAGCAGAUCUCAUUGAGGAUUGGUCGCGCUGCAUACGCUCGCUGAGCGUGAGCUCCAAUGAGGCGGCAGCGAAGCAUCUGCUAGACGGCAGCGGCCUGGCCUGGCAGAGCUGCUCGAGCGGCGCCUGCCGGCAUUGGAUACGCCUGGAGCUGCACGAUCGCAUCCUGGUGCACAGUCUGGCGCUGCGCGUCAGUCCGGAGGAUCAUUCGCACAUGCCGUCGCUGGUGGAGGUGCGUGUGGGUGACUGCAUCGACAGCCUCAAGGAGUACACAUGGGUGCCCGUGGGAUCGACCGUGAAUCGGGUGGUGCUGAUGCAGCAGGCGGUCUCCUAUUAUCCCUGGAUCGAGAUUGUGAUCAAGCAGUGCCAGAACAACGGCAUCCAGUGCAAGGUGCACGGCAUCGAGUUUAUCGGACGUCGCCAGCAGCCGGACAUCCAGCACAUGCUGGCCAAUGCCCAGUUCCUGGCCUGUGAAUAUGGCAGCACGAAUGGAGGCGCGGGCGCAGCGGCAGCGGCGGCUAUGGCCGCAGCAGCAGCUGCCGGAGGAGCAGGAGCAACAGCCGGAACAUCGAGCAGUGCGCCAAUAGCUGAGAGCCUAACCGGGCAUACCGACCAGGAGCUGCCCUGCACGGUCAUGGUGUGGGGCCUCAACGACAAGGAGCAGCUGGGCGGCCUGAAGGGCUCCAAGGUGAAGGUGCCCACCUUCUCGCCGACAAUAAGUCGCCUGCGUCCCAUCCACAUAGCCGGCGGCUCGAAGUCGCUCUUUGUGGUGAGCCAGGAUGGCAAGGUCUAUGCCUGCGGCGAGGGCACCAAUGGACGACUUGGCCUCGGGGUCACCCACAAUGUGCCGCUGCCCCAUCAGCUGCCGGUGCUGCAUCAGUAUGUGGUGAAGAAGGUAGCGGUUCACUCGGGCGGCAAGCACGCCCUCGCCCUGACCCUGGACGGCAAGGUGUUCAGCUGGGGCGAGGGCGAGGACGGCAAGCUGGGCCAUGGCAAUCGCAGCACGCUGGACAAGCCGCGACUGGUGGAAGCGCUGCGCGCCAAGAAGAUACGCGACAUCGCUUGCGGCUCAUCCCAUUCGGCGGCCAUCAGCAGCCAGGGCGAGCUCUACACGUGGGGAUUGGGCGAGUACGGGCGACUGGGCCACGGUGACAAUGCCACCCAAUUGAAGCCCAAGCUGGUGGCUGCGCUCAGUGGACGUCGGGUCAUUCAGGUGGCCUGCGGCAGUCGCGAUGCCCAGACGCUGGCGCUGACCGAGGACGGCGCCGUCUUCAGCUGGGGCGAUGGCGACUUUGGCAAGCUGGGACGCGGCGGCAGUGAGGGCUCCUCGACGCCGCACGAGAUCGAGCGUCUCUCGGGCAUCGGCGUCAUCCAGAUCGAGUGCGGGGCCCAGUUCAGCUUGGCCUUGACCCGAGCCGGCGAAGUGUGGACCUGGGGCAAGGGCGACUACUAUCGCCUGGGCCACGGCGGGGAUCAGCACGUGCGCAAGCCUCAGCCCAUUGCCGGACUGCGUGGCCAUCGCGUCAUCCACGUGGCCGUCGGUGCGCUGCACUGCCUGGCCGUGACGGACGCGGGACAGGUCUAUGCCUGGGGCGACAACGACCACGGACAACAGGGCAGCGGGAACACCUUUGUGAACAAGAAGCCGGCCCUGGUGAUCGGGCUGGAUGCGGUGAUCGUGAAUCGUGUGGCAUGCGGCAGCUCCCACUCCAUGGCCUGGGGUCUGCCCAACGCCAGUUUGGAUGAGGAGAAACGCGGCCCGGUGCCCUUCGGCUGCACUCGGGAUCCGCUCGGCGGCAGCAGCCUGGGCAUCUACGAGGCGGAGACACAGCAGCAUACGCACACCACGCCGGAUAUGGCCGGCAAGCCGGACGUGCGGCCGAGCACCUCGGCUGCAGCAGCGGCGGCAGCAGCAGCCGCGGCUGCCUCCUGCUCAGCGUCGGGCUCUGGCGCCGCCACCGGCUCGACUCUGGCCAGUCUCAGCGAGAGCCUGGCACUGGAGACGCCAGCCGCACGCCAAGCGGCACUGGGACAUGUGCUCCGGGCAAUGAGCAUCUUGCAGGCGAGGCAGCUCAUUGUCGCCGCACUCACCAGCCACAGCAAGGUCAACUACAAGGAGUCGGCGGCCAGGCAUGCCGGCGCGCACAUCGAACUGGAGGAGCAGCUGAACACGGCUGCCGGCACUGGGAGUGGAUCGGCAGCAGCAACAUCAGCAGCAGCAGCAGCAGCAGCAGGAGGAGCAGGAGGAGGAACUACGAACACAGCAGCAGCAGCCGCUGCCGCAGCCGCAGCUGGAGCUACGACUAUUGCCCAGGGCGGAGGCGAGGCACCAGCGGAUGCCAGCGAUGUAGAGCCACAGGCGCAGCAUAGUCCAGAGGAGAUGCCUUUGCCGGCGGCAGUGAUGAGCUCGGGAUUGAGCGCCUUCCAGAGCCUGACCGGCUCACUGUCCAUGUCGGGCAUGUCGGCGGGCUCGCACUCGCGAAUGUCGGCCAGCGCGAUGUCAGUGAUGGCCGCCACGAUGACGCAGCAGGAGGAGAUGCUGGCCCAGUUCAGUCACAAUCACGGACUGGACGAUUUCGGUGCCCUGCUGCAGGAGGCGGAGGCGAAGAGCCUGGUCGAGCUGCUCAAGCUGGCGGUGUGCGGACGCUGCGGCCCGCCCAGCACCGCCCAGACCAUAGCCGAGACCCUAAUCUCGCUGAGCAGCAAUGCGGGCAUUGCGGCCAUGCUGCUGGAGACGUGCAUCACGGAGCUGGAGGAUCUGUGCACGUCGCGCCACUGCCUGGGCAAGCUGCCCAAGCCGGUGAUGCAGGAGAGCAGCCAUCCCUACGUGGACAACAUGAAUGUGAGUGGAACUGUUCGCAUUCCGGGCGCCGAGAUGCUGCGCAUCGAGUUCGACAGCCAAUGCAGCACGGAGAAACGCAACGAUCCGCUGGUGAUCAUGGAUGCAUCCGGCCGCAUGUUGGCCAUGCGCUCGGGCCGCGAAUUCGCCCACUGGGCGCCCGAGAUCCGGGUGCCCGGCGAUGAGCUGCGCUGGAAGUUCUGCUCGGACAGCUCGGUGAACGGCUGGGGCUGGCGCUUCUGGGUGCACGCCAUCAUGCCGGCUGCCACGCUGGGCGAGAGUGGCUCCGACCGUGCCGUAUUGUCGCAGCCAUCGAUGGCGCUGGUCAUGGCGCUGCUCGAUGCGCGGCUCGCGCCACGCCAGCCCCAGGUGCUGCUCCGGCUGGCCGCGGCGCUGGCGGCCUGCGCCCAACUGGGCGCCCUGAGCACGGCCCAGCGCAUCUGGGCGCUGAAGAAACUGCACGCGGUGCUCCUGCUGGAGCAGGCGCCCAAGCCGCAGGAGCCCGCCUUGGCGGCCAUACUGAUGCCCCUCAUCCCGGAGCUACUGCGUCAGUACGAGUACGAGGAGCCACAGGUGCGCGGAGGCAUUCAUCUGAUGCACUCGGAUUACUUCAAGACGCUGGCGGCGCUCGCCUGCGACAUGCAACUGGACGCCGCCCUGCCCACCAACGGCAGCGGCAUCUGCAGCAGCACUAGCGCGUCUUGCGCCGGAGCAAGCGGAUCUGUGACUGGCUUCAUCGGCGGCGGAGGCGUUGCCGGCGGAGGCGGCAGCAGCAGCAGCCUCAACUCGAACGCAUCGGGGGAUAUGCACAAGUGGGCGUGGUUCAAGCGCUACUGCAUUGCGGUGCGCGUGGCCCAAUCCCUGAUCAGACGCACGGAGCUGCCACGUCAAUUCUGCCUGGAGGUGCGCAAGAAGUUUGCCGAGAUGCUGCCGACGCCAGUGCCCAGUGCAGUGGCUGCUGGCUGUCAAUCUCCGGGCGCCUCGCUGAUCAACUCGACCACAUCGCUCUCGUCCAGCACGGUGAGCAAUGCCUCCGCCACGGACCAGCAGCAGCAGCAGGUGCAGCAGGUGCAGGCGCAUCAAUUGGCCCAGCAGGAGAUGCUGCUGCUGGAGCAGCUGCAGCCGCAGCCGUUGCAGCUGCUGCUGCACGAGGAUCACACACUGUUCCAGGCGCCGCACGAUGCCCAGCUGCUGCAGUGGCUCAAUCGCCGGCCAGACGACUGGGCGCUCAGCUGGGGCGGCGCCAGCACCAUCUACGGCUGGGGCCACAAUCAUCGCGGGCAGCUGGGCGGCCUGGAGGGCAGCAGAAUCAAGACGCCGACGCCCUGCGAGGCGCUCAGCCUGCUGCGGCCGGUGCAGCUGGCCGGCGGCGAGCAAUCCCUGUUUGCUGUCACGCCGGACGGCAAGCUGUUCGCCACGGGCUACGGCUCCGGCGGACGCCUGGGCGUCGGCGGCAGCGACUCGUGGGCCAUACCCACGCUGCUGGGCUCCUUGCAGCAUGUGUUCGUCAAGAAGGUGGCCGUCAAUUCCGGGGGCAAGCACUGCCUCGCCCUGACCACCGACGGCGAGGUGUACGCCUGGGGCGAGGGCGAGGACGGGAAGCUGGGGCACGGCAAUCGCAUGAGCUACGAUCGGCCCAAACUGGUGGAGCAUCUGAAUGGCAUGAGUGUGGCGGACAUUGCCUGCGGCAGCGCCCACUCGGCGGCGAUAACGGCGAGUGGACACGUCCUGACCUGGGGCAAGGGUCGCUACGGUCGCCUGGGACAUGGCGACUCGGAGGAUCAGCUGCGGCCGAAGCUGGUGGAGGCGCUGCUGGGCUAUCGGGCCAUUGACAUUGCCUGCGGCUCGGGGGAUGCCCAGACGCUGUGCAUCACGGACGACGACAAUGUCUGGAGCUGGGGAGAUGGUGACUAUGGCAAGCUGGGACGCGGCGGCAGCGAUGGCUGCAAGCUGCCCUACAAGAUCGAGAGUCUCGCCGGCCUGGGCGUCAUCAAGGUGGAGUGCGGCUCACAGUUCUCCGUGGCGCUAACCAAAUCCGGCGCCGUCUAUACCUGGGGCAAGGGCGACUUCCAUCGCCUCGGCCACGGAUCGGUGGAACAUGUGCGGCGACCCAAGAAAGUGGCCGCGCUGCAGGGCAAGAAGAUCAUCUCGAUUGCGACCGGCUCGCUGCACUGCGUCGCCUGCAGCGACGCCGGCGAGGUCUUCACCUGGGGUGACAAUGACGAGGGACAACUGGGCGAUGGCACCGUGACGGCUAUACAACGGCCACGCCUGGUCGCCGCCCUCCAGGGCAAGCACAUCGUGAAGGUCACCUGUGGCUCGGCCCACACGUUGGCCCUGUCCACCUCGCAGUUGAGUGAGCGACUGCGUCCGCUGCCCAAUCCGCCGCUCGAAUACGACUUGGUGCGUGACCUGCCGCCGGAGGCGCUGCACGCUCGGCUCAUCCUGCUGCACCACUUCUCGGAGCUGCUCUGUCCCUGCCUGGCCAUGCUGCCCAUUUCGGGAGACUUGAGCCUGGGCGCCCUGAAAGACGUGCUCGUCUACAACAUCAAGGAGGCCGCGUUCCGCAAGGUCAUCCAAACGACAAUGGUGCGAGACAAACAGCAUGGACCCGUCAUCGAGCUGAAUCGCAUCCAGGUGAAGCGCUCCCGCAGUCGUUGCAAUGGCUUGGCCGGCGUCGAUGGCAUGAAGAGCGUCUUUGGCCAGAUGGUGCAGAAGCUGCCGCUGCUCACCCAGGAGGCGCUCGCCCUGCCCCACCGCGUGUGGAAGGUCAAGUUUGUCGGCGAGAGCGUGGACGACUGCGGUGGUGGCUACAGCGAGUCCAUUGCGGAGAUGUGCGACGAGCUGCAGAACGGCAGUGUUCCACUGCUGAUCAGCACACCCAAUGGCCGUGGCGAGGCGGGUGCCAACCGAGACUGCUUCCUGCUGGACCCAACCCUGACCUCCGUGCUGCAGAUGAACAUGUUCCGCUUCCUGGGCGUGCUCAUGGGCAUAGCCGUGCGCACCGGCUCGCCGCUGAGUCUCAACUUGGCGGAACCUGUUUGGCGUCAGCUGACGGGCGAGCCCUUGCGCCCCACCGAUCUCACUGAGGUGGAUCGCGACUAUGUGGCCGGCCUGCUCUGCAUACGCAACAUGGACGACGAUACCAAGCUGUUCAACACAUUGGAGCUGCCGUUUUCGACAUCGUCGGCGCGCGGGCACGAGGUGCCGCUGUCCACCCGUUACACGCACAUCUCGCCCAGAAAUCGUGCGGAAUACGUGCGUCUGGCGCUCGGCUUUCGACUGCACGAGUUCGACGAGCAGGUGAAAGCGGUGCGGGACGGCAUGUCCAAGGUGAUACCCGUGCCCCUGCUCUCGCUCUUCUCGGCCGCCGAGCUACAGGCCAUGGUCUGCGGCUCACCGGACAUACCGCUGGGGCUGCUCAAAUCGGUUGCCACCUACAAGGGAUUUGAUCCCAGCUCUGCGCUGGUCGGCUGGUUUUGGGAGGUCAUGGAGGAGUUCACCAACCAGGAGCGUUCCCUGUUUCUGCGCUUUGUCUGGGGCAGAACACGACUGCCGCGCACCAUAGCCGAUUUCCGAGGACGAGACUUUGUACUGCAGGUGCUCGAAAAGAAUCCGCCCGAUCAUUUUCUGCCCGAAAGCUAUACGUGCUUCUUCCUGCUCAAAAUGCCACGCUACUCCUGCAAGGCUGUGCUGCUGGAGAAGUUGAAAUACGCGAUUCAUUUCUGCAAGAGCAUCGAUACCGAUGAAUAUGCGCGCGUGGCCAUGGGCGAACCCACCGAGGCAACUGGGAGCGAGGACAACAGCGAUCUGGAGUCCGUUGCCAGUCACGAUGGCUAAACGCACUAUCGAUAUCAACUAUUUAUCGAUCAUGGAAAUUAAAAGGAAAAUAACCAGCCCGCUGCUGCUGCUACUGCUGCUUAACAUACAAUAAACGAAACGCACUUCAAACGCAUUAGAAUAGCUGUUUAGCUGAUUAAUCGAUUAGUUGAUUAACUGCUUAGCAAUUUGCACAUACUGCAGCAGAUAGUCAAAGAUACCCACUCACGUACACACACACACAUUCACUGACUCACAUAAACGAAUACAGCUUGGGAGAAAGAAAGAGAGAGAAAAAACAAAUGAAAGCGCAAUGUUGAAAGAGUAUAAGACUGGAAAACUUCCAGUGGAAACUGUAGAUGAGCCGAUGCGACCGACACACGAAACCAAAAAGCAAAAUAAGUAAACGUUAAAUGUUAUUUCCAUAUUGCAUAAAUGUUAGUUAAAAAAGUCCAAACACUCACACAUACUCAUAUAUAUGAUGUAUGAGCACACCAUGAAUCUAUUUAGUCUAUACAUACAUAUACAAACAUAAACAUAAUUAUGCUUACAUAGCUUACAGUUGGCAGGAACUGCCGCCUGCCUGCAUGCAGUUGAUAAGAUAUUGAUAUGAAUUACGAAUAUUGAUUAUUGAUAAUGAUAAAUGCUAUAAUGAUAAUGAUAAACGAUAAUAUGCUAAUGAUGAUCAAUUCUAGUUGUGUGUUUUCAGCAAAAAUCCAAAAGAAAAAAAUUAAAUUAAAUUAAAA